AUGCCACCCCUUGCAGGCUUUUCAGACAACCCUUUCAAGACUCGAUCGGAUUUGAUUCGAGCGAGUAUUGCUCUUCUCAAACCUUUGACUGGGUACUUUUCUCCAGAGAAAGCUCGUAUCCGAAUCCCGAUUAGUACUGGUACGCAUUUCGAUGAAUCCGCAGCUCAACUUGAAGGUUUUGCCAGACCUCUAUGGGCAAUUGGUGCCUUGCUCUUUGGGUACGACUCAAUCGCGGAUGAGAAACUAGCAUCUCAAGUCAGCGAACUUGCCCAGCCAUGGGUGGAGGGAUUCAUUUCAGGGACCGACCCUGAGCAUCCUGAGUACUGGGGAGCUGUGCAUGACAUGGACCAGAGAAUGGUUGAGGCGGAGAUUCUCGCUUUUGCCAUUCUUUCUGCACCAAAGAAGAUUUAUGAGCCAUUGAGCGACACACAAAAGAAGAAUAUUACAGAAUGGUUCAAAUCAAUGAACGGCAAACAGAUGCCCCCAACAAAUUGGCGAUGGUUUCGCGUCUUUUCCAAUCUCGCUUUGACCAAGGUCUGCGGUAUUCCGUACGACAAUGUCAAGGAAGAGAUGAACGCCGACCUUGAGAUUCUGGACACCUUUUACCUCCACGACGGAUGGUCAGCAGACGGUCCUUGGCAGACACCCGAACAAGCAGAACGAGAGCACCUGGAAACCCUCAAAACAGGACGUCGAGAUGCUAUCGGAGUAGGAAGACAAGUUGAUUACUACUCUGGUAGUUUCGCGAUCCAGUUCAGCCAGCUUCUAUACUCCAAGUUUGCCAACGACAUUGAUCCAUCAAGGUGCGACAUUGCUCACCAUAUCUUAGGAUCCGCUAUCCCUUUCGGUCGCUCUUUGACAUACCGCUUUGCUUGCGGAGGCUAUUUUGCUGCCCUUGCAUUUGCAAAUGUUCCAAACAUGCCCAAGCCACUCGACUCUCCUGGAGCCAUCAGAGGAUUUCUCUUGAGGCACCUGAGAUGGUGGGCGCAGAACUCUGAGGACAUUUUCAACGCGGAUGGAACCUUGAGUAUUGGAUGGCUGUAUCCAAACAUGUACAUGGCUGAAGACUACAACUCUCCCCAGUCGGUCUACUGGGCUCUCAAAACACUGAUCGCAGUGGGCCUACCCGAUGAUGACGAAUUUUGGGCAUCGGAAGAACUAUCAUACCCCACUGUUGAUUCCGGAGCCAAGAUCGUAUCGGCUCCUCAACAAAUCCUUUGCAAUCACCCAAAGGGUAGUCAUCACUUCAUGCUCACCCCCGGCCAAUUCGUGGCAUGGCCAAUGAAGGCGAAUCAAGCCAAGUAUUGCAAAUUUGCAUACUCGUCUGCCUUUGGCUUCUCUGUUCCUACCGGACCUCUCAUACAGCAGAUAGCCCCGGACAACCAACUGGCUAUCAGCAGAGACGGUGCUGAGUCGUGGACAGUCAAGUGGAAGAGUGAGGCGGUGCAAUUCGCCAAGGCAGUGACCAAUUCAACGACCAAUGAAGACCCAAGUGUUCCCAUCGCCAGUGUUGGUUGGUAUCCCUGGGGCGAUCGAUCUGUCCAUGUCGACACAGUCUUGAUCCCGCCAACUGAUCGCUGGCCGGACUGGCAUGUUCGCAUCCAUCGCAUCCAAGCUUUGAAGGGUACAGCAUCGAUCCAUACUGUCGAGGGAGGAUUCGCCAUUUAUGGCAGAAAAACAGCCGACGGAACGAAUCUUUCGGCAGCAGAUCUUACUGAUGACGCUGUGCCCGGUCAAUUCGAGGGUAUAGUAUCAACCGAUAACUCUACCCUUAUCGCCUCUCAAGAUGGAGUCAGCGGUAUUGUCGUCGAGACGACCAUCGGCAGUGAGCAGGCUGUCGUGUCUAGCUCUGCACUGAAGCCAGAUGCAAACACCAACCUGGUGCGGCAAAGAACUCUCAUCCCAACUGCAUCUAUCAGCGUGCCCCAGCGGCUCCUAGAAGGCACAGAGAUAAUCAUCAUGACAUCUGUGUUAGCAAUUUCAACCCACUCAGAUGCAAAGUGGGAGAGUGGCGGUGUCUCUUUGAAACAGAGGUGGCUCGACCGUCCAAAGCUUAACCUCAAGGUGUUGAAGCAGCGUUUCGAUCCAGCCACGAUCGUCUUGGGCGAGUGA